GGGUCUCAAACCAAAACCAAAUCUAAAACCCCCUAUUGUAAAUCCUUAUAGAUCUGGUUUAUUUCUUCUCCCUACAUGUCCCUGUGCCUCCAUCUGUCCCUCCGUGUGUCCCUGUGCCUCCAUCUGUCCCUCCGUGUGUCCCUGUGCCUCCAUCUGUCCCUCCGUGUGUCCCUGUGCCUCCAUCUGUCCCUCCGUGUGUCCCUGUGCCUCCAUCUGUCUCUCCGUGUGUCCCUGUGCCUCCAUCUGUCCCUCCGUGUUUCCCUGUGCCUCCAUCUGUCCCUCCGUGUGUCCCUGUGCCUCCAUCUGUCUCUCCAUGGUUCCCGGUACCUCACUGUUUCUUUACACAGUUUUGUGUUUUUUCUUCCAAACGGCUCUUUUUGCUUUUCUAUGUUGUUUUCACCCUUCAGUUGGUCACGGCUGAUUGGUGGGAACUUUCCCAGGAGACCAAACCCCCAGCAGGAGACCCCCCAGUGCCCCCCUCACUGCCCCCAGCACCCCCCUCUCUUCCUGUGAGCGCAGCUUAAUGUGAUGUUUUGCUCUGCCGGUCGGUGUAACUGCCCCUCACACCUGUCCCUAACAACUGCCCCUAACAACUGCCCCCUUCCUCUCACACAGGGAUUGGGAAUCCCCCGCCAUGGAGUCUGCAGAUCUGACGUUGCUUCUCGUCUCCCUCGCACUGAGCUGUUGCGCUCAGAUUGAGGUCCAUCAGCCCAGGAGAAUGGUGGCAACAGAGGGGGGCACUGCCCAACUGAGCUGUUCAUUGAGUGGCCAACAAAUUCAGAACUUGAGUGUUCAUUGGUUCCAGCAGAUGCCUGGUGGCCCCCCGUCCUUCAUCCUCCUUCAUUACAGCAAUGCCACCAUCCACCGGGGAGAUGCCUUCUCUCAACACUUCCAGCCAAUGAGAGACAUCGGGAACAACACUCACUUCCUACUGAUCCCGCGGGUCACAACUAACGACAGUGCCCGGUACUAUUGCAUGGUGUCCCAGGAGCGCUCUAAUCCGGUCUGGGGGGGCGGAACCUUCCUCAGUGUCUCUGGGGGCAACGAUGUGUUGAAACCUUCUGUAACUCUUCUGAGAAGUGAGGAAUCUCUGACCAGAGCCCCCAUAGUCCAUAUUAUGUGUUUAGUCAGCAAAUUUUAUCCUGCAGUGAUUGAGGUCACUUGGAAGUUGGGCGGCCAGAUACCCUCUGGGCAGGUAACUAUGGGACCCUCAGGGCCAGAUGAAGAUGGUUCCUACAGUAUGGCCACCAUUCUCGAAGUCCCUUCCCACCAACAGACUCACUUAUCUUCUGCAUCAUGCGAAGUGCGUCACGACUCCUCACUAACUGUCAUCUCUAGGCGCUUGUCCGACUGCUCCAAAUAAACACUAAAGGGUUGGACUUGAUGGACAGUUGUCUUUUCUUGGCCCAAAAUAACGCUAUUUUGUAAUGAAAUUACCAGAAACCAAAGGAGCAGCUUCUAAUAAAAUGCAAUUGUGUGGUUUA